GAGGGAGACUGUGUCCUAAAUAAAUAAAUAAUAGAGACGAGGUCUGCUCCUUUGCCCAAGCUCGUCUUGAACUAAUGGCCUCAAGUGAUCCUAACGCCUCAGCUUCCCAAGAUGCUGGGAUUACAGGUGUGAGCCACUGUGCCCAGCUAUGACUCUCUAAGUUAUCAGCCUGAUUAUUUAUUUGUUUGUUAUUUUGAGCAAGAGAAACCAGGUAACAAAAUGUAGACCUUUGGCUUCCCUUUAACAAUUCCAAAGAUUUGGCCCUACUACCCCCUGCAUUCUUUCAACUAUAAUUGACUAGAGCUGAGCAGCUGCCUCUUUUAAAAGGACUAGUGCUAUCUAAUUUGUCCUUACCACUUCCUGUUUUCUCCCCUUUACUGAGAGCUAGUGUCAACUGCCAUUGAUCACUGUUAUUUUUAUUAGUAGCAGUACAGAAAUGGUUUUCUAUACCAAUGCCUCUGUCAAAACUGGUAAAGCAAAUGAUGGGCAAAGAGGACCACAUAUUCCAAGAAGUAAGGGGAAGCAUAUUUCUUCGUGGAAGUGAAUAAUUUUCUUAUGCAUUUAAUGUGCAAACACUUGGCUUACUUUACUCAUUUACAUUAUCUUGGUGGCUUCUAGGUGUUUGAAUACAUCACCCCUGUUUUAUUUUAUUUUAUUUAGAUGGAGUUUUCACUCUUGUUGCCCAGGCUGGAAUGCAGUGGCACAAUCCUGGCUCACUGCAACCUCUGUCUCCCCGGUUCAAGCAAUUUUCCUGUCCCAGCCUCCCGAGUAGCUGGGAUUAUAGGCACAUGCUACCACGCCUGGCUAAUUUUUUAGUACUUUUAGUAGAGAUGGGGUUUCUCCAUGUUGGCCAGGCUGGACUCGAACUCCUCACCUCAAGUGAUCCGCCGACCUUGGCCUCCCAAAGUGCUGGGAUUACAGGUGUGAGGUGCAAUGCCUAGUUGUGAUCUUUGUUUUAGAGAGACUAAUUUGAUAGCAGUAUAAAUAUGAGAGUAUAGAUAUGGGGGAGAGAGAACAGAGAGAGAUGAGCAAUAAUUCAGAUGAAAAGCAAUAGAGGACCAGGCACUGUGGCUCAUGCCUGUAAUCCUAGCACUUUGGGAGGCAGGAGGAUUGCUUGAGGCCAGUAGUUCAAGACCAGCCUGGGCAACAUAGCACGACUCCAUCCUUGUAGUCUUGUCUUGUCCCCUACCAUCCAGAGGUUACAUGCUCCAAGUAAUCUAAUAAUAAUAAAAGAAAAGUAAUGACGAUCUGAGGCAGAGUGGUGGUAAAAGGAAUGGAAAGGAGAGCAUGGGUGCAAGAACAUUACAGAAGUGGACUGUAUAGGACUUGAUUAAGUAGAUACUGAGGGAUGGAAGCAGACCAAAAUGUAUCUGAGGUUUUAAGCCUGGGUGGUGCCAUCAGCCAAAAUAGCUGGAAAGAGGAACCAUGUUUAGUGUGAAAAUAUUUUCAGUUUUGGGUUGACUGCUUGUUGAUGUAACUAGGGAACUCAGGUGACUUAUACAUUGGAUUCCAGAGCUCAGAGACUGAUCAGAGCACAAGAAACAGAUUUCAGAGUCACUUUCAUAGUGGUCCGAUUGGAGGCUGUGCAGGAUGAGAUUGCCAAGGAAGAGCUUAGAAGUAGCCACCAGUGAAGACUAUAAGCUCCUGGAAAAUAUGAAUAAACUCACCAGCUUGAAGUAUCUUGAAAUGAAAGAUAUUGCUAUAAACAUUAGUAGGAAUUUAAAGGACUUAAACCAGAAAUAUGCUGGACUACAGCCUUAUCUGGAUCAGAUCAAUGUCAUUGAAGAGCAGGUAGCAGCUCUUGAGCAGGCAGCUUACAAGUUGGAUGCAUAUUCAAAAAAACUGGAAGCCAAGUACAAGAAGCUGGAGAAGCGAUGAGAAACUUAUUUUUAUGGGACAGAGUCUUUUUUUUUAAUGUGGAAGAAUGUCUUAUAAAACCUGAAUCCUGAGGCUGAUGAAUUGUGAAAACUCCUCAAAAGGAAACUAUGCUGGUCAUCCCAGGAACAUCUCAACGUUAGAGUAAACUGGAGGACUGUGGCUAUUCCUGAACCUUCUUUGAGGCAGAAUCCCUCAGAAUCUCACACUUAUAACUCCCUACCUUUUACUUGAAUGCUUUACCAUAUUCAGGACAGAGACUCUCACAAAGUUCAGAAAACAGCUGGGCUUACCACUAAAAUAAAAUGAGAGGACCUAUUUUCUCUGGUAGUGGUUGAUUACUACAUUAUUUUCUUAAGUGGCUGGUUUUUGGGUUACUAUGUAAAUGGCUGUUUUUUCUGUUAAUGAUGCUAAUGUGUUGUAAACAAGAUUCUAAAUUUAAAAAGGAAAACAAACUUGUUCUUUGCAGCUUAUCACCUUGUGAAUGUUGGUAACUUACUUUUCCAUAAUAUUGCAAAUAACAUAAAAUGUUAAAAUAAUUCCAAGCUGAGUCUUCUAGAUUGAGCAGAAAUGGUGAAAGGAGUAUUGAUAACUUGGCAUAUGUGAUGGGCCCCUCUUGUUUAUUUUCUGUGUGAGUCAGAUUGACAUGUGGCCAGUUUUGGAAAUGUGAUGAAAACAAAGACUAGAUGGGUAUGUGUGUUUAUGUGUUGGGUGGGGAGUUGAGGAUUGCCACUUAUAAAAUAAAGGAUUUUAUAAAAUGCC